AUGGAGGAGCCAGCUGACGGCCAUGAUGAAAAUAUGCAUUCAUCGAGCCAAGUUGCGGUUGCAGCUGUUGAUUUGAGUUCUACCGAAGGUUCAGAAGUCGAUAUUUUGGACGUAUCGAUUCAAAACAUGUCAAUCUAUGGUAAGUUUGUAUUUAAUACCUUUCUAGUUACUCUGUUUUCUUACUUUUCUGGGGUUUUAUUUUUACUAUUAUUUAAAUACUUUAUUUAAAUAUAGAAGACUUUCUUGACUCUCACUAAGAAAACAUAUAUAACGGCAUGCUCAUAGCAAGUUUAUUAUAAAGUCUAAGAGUUUUGUUCCACAAUUUUCCACAACAACAAUAUUAGACAAAGUGACAAACAAUCUAUUUUAUAUGUUCAUCAGUAUAAUUUUAUAGUGUCUACAACCCUGGGGCAGGGGGAUGUUGAUGGGGUAUGGAAAUGUUGCCUACUAAAGGCUUGUUCAUAUGAGCCCAGCAAACGAGAAACUUGCCUGAGUGAGAUCUGUAUGCCCUUGCAUGGAUGCUAUAUAAUAUAAUAUUGAAUACUUUGGGUACUGUAAACUCUAUAGACAAUGCUAUAAUACUGUUGUCAAAUUGAAUUAGUCAUGAAGUAAACCUAAACUGUGAAUAUAAACAAUUAUUUGUGUCACACUGUCAUUUCAUAUUCAACAAUGUCAUCCCAUUCAGCCAGAGAAAAUUUAUCAUUUUAUCUUAAAUUCCUCCUUUGUCAGAAGGUGUAUGUAUACACUAUACAGAUCAUUUAACAAUGUUUGAUGAAUUUCUGCCACAAAAGUGCCAUUUGACUUAAAAUAACCAGUUUCAUCGACUAAUAUUCAAAGCUGCACAAGUAAGCAGAAAAACAUAACUUUUAUUAACACAUUCAUCAUAUGUGACGACAAAGAACCAGGUAUGUCAUUUUACAUGGGGGAAGGGGGGUACUUACCCCACCCUGUAAUAUUACUUGAAAUGAUGUAACAUCAUUGAUGUUAUUUUUUCACAGAUUCCCCAACAGAAGAUAACAAGCCUGAAGCAUUGAUGCCUUGUGCCUCUAGCACACCCAAAAAGAGCAAGAAACACCAAAUCAGUCCUUAAAAGUUUGAACCUUCUGCAAAGCGUUCCAACCUAAACAGCGAUUGUUGUAGAAAAAGAAGGAAGAAUUUGCAUACCGUCUUAACAGAAAAGUUUGUGGAAAGUCCUGGCAAAACAACAAGUCGUGUAGAUGUAAUGGAAGCUCUUGAGACGGACAACAAGCGUCUGGCGACAAGAGCUGUGAAAGAAGCAUUUUCCUCAGUAAAAGUUGACCAUCGUAAAGGUGAAUACAGGAACAUUCGUCGGUCAGUUUCCUUUGAAAGUGGCAGCUCAACACCCUCCUUUGAAGUUCGUCGCGACUCAGAAAUACAUCGGUUACAAGAAGUUGCUUUAAUACAUACACAAAAGGCCAAAACCAUGAUGGAUUGUAUAAUGUCAUCGGUCGACAAUACAUACCUGAGAAGCCUUUAUGUAUGUACAACAAAGAAAUGGAUUGUGUGUCUGCACUUUCAGAAAAUAUUGACAUCCUUUAUGAAAAGGAACUUCAAUUUCUUUUGCAACAUGACAAGAAACUGUCUGCCAGUGAACAGGGUCCACUUGUUGAUGAAUUCCAGAAAUUAUCAAACAUUGUCAAUUUGGGUGUUAGAAGUGGUGAGAGCAUUGCUGAAGUGCAGAUAAAUAGCUCAGUGUUUCAAAACCUUCAACUUAAUAUUAAAAAAGAUUGUCCUAUUCUAACAGGGAUUAUUGAAGUGCUUUUCCUAUGUGAUAAUUCAGAUAGAAAGGAAAGAAAGGAAAGGGGCAAUACAUGCACUUGCACUUCUUGCCAGCCUAAGGAACAAACAAUGUAG